AUGGUUGGGGAGGGAGGGCCCACACCUCCCCACACCCAAGCACCCCAUAACUCCAGACACAGCCCCACGCCAGCCACAUUCCGACGCCAAUCACACCCCCACGCCAAUCACACCCCAACGCCAUCCACACCCCCACGCCAAUCACACCCCUACGCCAAUCACACCCCCACGCAAGCCACACCACAACGCCAAUCACCCCCCCACGCCAAUCACACCUCCACGCAAGCCACACCACAACGCCAAUCAGACCCCCACGCCAAUCACACCCCCACGUCAAUCACACCCCCAUGCCAGCCACACCCCCAAGCCAAUCACACCCCCACACCAAUCACACACCCACGCCAGCCACAGGCCCACGCCAAUCACAGCCCCACGCCAUUCACAGCCCCACGCCAGUCACACCCCCACGCCAAUCACACCCCCACGCCAAUCACACCCCAACGCCACCCACACCCCAACGCCAAUCACACCCCCACGCCAAUCACACCACCACGCAAGCCACACCACAACGCCAAUCACACCCCCACGCCAAUCACACCCCCACGUCAUUCACUCCCCCAUGCCAGCCACAGUCCCAAGCCAAUCACUCCCCCACCCCAAUCACACCCCCACGCCAGCCACAGUCCCACGCCAAUCACACCCCCACGCCAAUCACACCCCCACGCCAAGCACCCCCCCACGCCAAUCACACCCCACGCCAAUCACUACCCCACGCCAGCCACACACCCGCCAGUCACACCCCACGCCCAUCACACUCCCACGCCAGCUAGACCCCCACGCCAGCCACACCCCACGCCAAUUCCACCCCACGCCAAUCUCACCCCACGCCAAUCACACCCCACGCCAGCCACACCCCACGCCAAUCCCACCCCCACGCCAAUCACACCCCACGCCAGCCACACCCCACGCCAAUCACACCCCCACGCCAAUCACACCCCCACGCUAGCCACACCCCCACGCCAAUCACACCCCCACGCCAAUCACACCCCCACGCCAAUCACACCCCACGCCACACCCCCACCCCAAACACACCCCCACGCCAAUCACACCCCCACGCCAGCCACACCCCAACCCACACCCCACGCCAGCCACACCCCACGCCAGCCACACCCCACGCCAGCCACACCCCACGCCAGCCACACCCCACGCCAGCCACACCCCACGCCAGCCACACCCACGCCAGCCACACCCCACACCAGCCACCCCUACGCCAGCCACACCCAUACGCCAGCCACACCUCCACGCCAGCCACACCCCUACGCCAGCCACACCCCCACGCCAGCCACACCCCCACGCCAGCCACACCCCUACGCCAGCCACACACCCACGCCAGCCACACCCCCACGCCAGCCACACCCCCACGCCAAUCACACCCCCACGCCAGCCACACCCCUACGCCAGCCACACCCCUUCGCCAGCCACACCCCUACGCCAGCCACACCCCCACGCCAGCCACACCCCUACGCCAGCCACACACCCACGCCAGCCACCCUCCACGCCAGCCACACCACGCUAGCCACACACCCACGCCAGCCACACCCCUACGCCAGCCACCCCCCCACACCAGCCACACUCCCACGUCAACCACACCCCUGCGCCAGCCACACCCCCACGCCGGCCACACCCCUACGCCAGCCACACCCCCAGGCCAGUCACACUCCUACGCCAGCCACACCCCUACGCCAGCCACACACCCACGCCAGCCACACCCCCACGCCAGCCACACCCCCACGCCAGCCACACCCCUACGCCAGCCACACCCCCACGCCAACCACACCCCCAGGCCAGUCACACCCCUACGCCAGCCACACCCCCACGCCGGCCACACCCCUACGCCAGCCAUACCCGCACGCCAGCCACACCCCCAGGCCAGUCACGCCCUCAUACCAGCCACACCCCCACACCAGCCACACCCCUACGCCUAUUACGUGCGUGCCCUUUCCAGACAGUUGCAAGAAAAAUGCAGGGAGAAUCAUAAAGAUCGAUCUCUUCCUGGCCUUCGUAAAUCAGACCAAGGCCUUUGACACCGUAAACAGGGACCUCCUCUGGGGCGUCCUCUCCAGAUGCGGCUGUCCUCCAAAGUUCCUCGCACUGCUGCGGUCGCUCCACGAUGGGAUGUCGGCGCGGGUUUCCGUCGGAGGUGAAGAAUCUGCACCAUUCAACCGCAUAUUGGGAAUAUCCAGGAAGGACAAAGUGACGCACUCCGACAUCUACGCGCGCACCGGCUGCAGCAAUCUGGAGGCCAUUUUCUAUGGCCGUCAGCUGCGGUGGGUACGCCACACAAUUCGGAUGCCUCCCAGCCGUCUCCCACACCAAGUGCUCUAUGGAGAGCUAAGGACGGGGAAGCGGAGCGCAGGGGGGCAGAAGAAAAGGUUCAAGGACCACUUCAAAACCACACUAAAUAAACUUAAUAUCUCACGAACCCAACUUGAGACCAUGGCUGUCACCCGAUCAAACUGGCGUGCUGCUGUCAAGGAGGGGACGAAGCCUUGA